AUGGCAUAUACUAUGAAAGGAAUAUUUUUUUACAUUUGUCUAUUAUUCAUGAUAACUAGGAAUACGGUCUUGAAUUUCAAUUUUAACACCGAACUAUCUAAAAAAAAUUAUUUGAUCUUGAAAAAGUCAUAUAUUGAUUGUCGAAAUUAUAAUGUUAUAAAUAAAGACAAGAUAACAAUUGAUGAAAACCAUGGUGAAAAGCUAUGUGACGAAGACCAAUUUUGCAACUACUUUUUGAUUAAUUCGUUGAAAAAAGAACUCCGAUUAUGUUAUGAUAAGAAGUUUAUUAUAAAGCGCCCUAUCGUCAAUGAAUCAUGGGCAACCGGCAUAAAAGAAAAGGUCCUUAAUAAAUAUGCCCCCUCCGUCGUUAAUACACAAGGAAUAUGUAGUCAUAGUGUUGACAAGUUUUUUUUUGAUACGUUAAACGAGGCUAUAAAAAAAGGGAAGGAACAAAUGCAUAAUUAUAUGAUAUUAAAUUUUCAAGCAAAUGAAAAAGGAAUAAAACUCGAAGCAUACUUUUGUGAAACUAUCGAUUAUUUUGUUGACAGAGAAGGUUAUUCAGUUUUUGAUUUUAAAAAAAUAGAUAGUCCACAUCAAUCAUGUUUAAGAACAAAAAAAUGUGGGAUGAGAGGAUCGAUACAACCAGAUGACAGUAAAUACGAAGAAAAUAUAAAUCCAGGUGACGUUGUUGAAGCUACGAAAUUUUAA